UGUGCAAAAGUUCAAAAGAACUGAACAUAAAAUAUAUUGCUUUAGUUUGUUCUUAUAGUUCGUGCUGUUAUAUUAUCGAUUAUGAACAAUCAAAGAAUGGAUACUCCAAACCUUCUGCUCUCAGAAAUAAAAUUAAAAAAAUGGAAAAAUUAUGAUAAUAAAUAUUCAAAUUCUUCAUUAAAUGGUACAUUAAAAGAUUAUUCAUUCCAUUCUACAGAGAACGAAACCAUAGAACGAUAUGAUCAAGUGACGAUAUAUUCAUUAGUAAUUUCCGCCAAGCAAACGUUUUACAGAGAUCACAAACUCCUUCUGGUAUUGUUUCGAGUUCUUGCCGUUAUGCCUAUACAGAGAUCUAGUCCUGGACGUAUGACAUUUUCUUGGAAUUCAACGGCUACAUUAUACGCAUUCAUUUUUUGGAUUUUUAUGACUAUUAUUGUUCUAAUUGUUGGACGAGAAAGGAUUCAAAUUCUUUAUACAACCAAACAAUUUGACGAGUACAUAUAUGCCGUCAUCUUUGUAAUAUAUUUGAUACCACACUUUUGGAUUCCAUUUGUUGGAUGGGGUGUAGCAACAGAAGUGGCUGAAUAUAAAUCUUCUUGGGGAAAGUUUCAGAUGUUAUGCAAUGCCUCACAAACGUUUGUGCUGUGAUACCUUCCUCUCUUGCCAAUACUCCACCGUCUUUUUAAGAUUCCAAUGCUUUGUUCAACGAUACAUCUACAAAACCGAGGUUGCACUCCAGAAGUGCAGGCAGAAGUGAAAACUUGAACUUAUGGCGCGUUGGACACUUUUUUGGGUGAGCAUUUUAGGUGCGCUCGCGACAUGAGAAACUGUACAUAAAAAAUCAAGUUUAUCAAAGCAAUGUGGGCACUUUUUGAAUGGACAUGAAGUAUAAUACAUAAUAUAUAAACUAUA